AUGUCGAUCUUAGCAGAUUCAACUAAUAAUACAAAUACAUCUAUAUCCUUUAUCACAUCCAAUAAAGGAAACUGGAUAUGUGUUGUUAAUGGAUGUACAAUCCGCAUUUAUACAGAUGAAAAUGGUGUCUAUAUAUCCGGUGGUAAAGGUAUUCAUGAUCAUGAAACAAAUCUGGAUUUAAUUGAUGCAAAAUGUCUUCGACAACAAAUGAAACAACGUGUUAUAAAUGAGUUAACGCCUAUUAGUGUGAUUUAUGAAGAAGAAAUGGCAACAACACCACUAAGUGGUUCAGCUACAGCUACAUUUCCUACAAAUCAAGAACUUUAUCAAACAUUUGCUAAACUUCGUCAAAAACAUCUACCUGCAUUACCCCAGUCAUCUUUAUUCACCAUUCCCGAUCCUUUUAAAUUAACAGCUGAUGAUAAACGUUUUCUGUUGCAAGUACAACAGUUUGGUCUUCAGAGUGACUAUUCACGAAAUGAACUUAUACGUGGUCUUUGUAGGAAAUUAAUGGCUCAAGCGUUGAUGCCAAAUGAUACAGUUUUAAUUAGUUAUAAUGAAAUUCGUGAUGAAAUACAGAAAUUAUCAGAUUCACGCAUGGAAAAAUUAUUGAAUUACUUUGAAACACAAUGGAUGAUCAGUAUUGAUACAUGGAAUGUGUCAAGAACGGACACAAGAACCAAUAGUACAUGUGAAGGUGGAAGUAAAACUGACUUUGUUUUAAUAAUAGCUAUCGUCUAUUGUUUUUUCAGGUUAUCACAACAGAAUGAAUCAUCGAAUUCUACGAAAUCAUAG